GAUCAAUGAAGCCAAGGAUGUCAUUGAAAAGUCUGGUGCUAUACGCAAUUGAUACACAUCAUGUAUAAUCCCCAUUCCACUUGCAUGUCCCCUCUCAAAACUUGCCGCCUGUGCCCAGUAUCCGCUCUUCAUCCUCCUUCGUUGCAAAAGACUCUUCACACCCACACGUCGACACGACAUUGGGAUUCUCAAACACAAAACGACUUGCGAGAACAUCUUCCUGGAAAUCCAUGACACUCCCAAUCACCUUCAUCAAACUUCGUGAAUCCACCACGACCGUGACACCAUCCUGUUCAACCACUUCAUCGAAUUUCCCAGCAGGUGGCGUCAGGUAGUCGAGACGAUACGCACCACCUGCACACCCUUUUGCAACGACUGAGAUUUUAAUCAAUUUACCAUCUUGUGAUUGUAUUUGUCGGAGACGAUGAACAGCAUCCGCCGUUAAUGUCAAGACUGCCUUCCGUGGUCGUCGUGCACGCACUUUCGGCGCCGGCGCCGCUGCGGGUGCGGGUGUCGGCGUGGGUGGUAUCGCUGUAUCAGUGUGUGGAUGACCUACUUCCCGUGGCGGUAUCGGAUGUGAAGGAAGCGUAUACGGUCUUGGUAACGCAUACCCGGUCUCCUUACCCUGUGCAAGACUCGCUGUUGAUGGUGGUGUGGCGGGUGUCGUUGUCGCUGUUGCUGUACGUGGUGCAAAAGUGCAGUUGUGUGAUACGGUGGUGCGCAAUGUCAGACGACAUGCGUGGCAUAGUAGGCUUGAUUGCCUGAGAGUCUGUCGAGAGAGCAUGAUGAUAGGCUACUUGUCGGUGAUGGUGGUGGUGGUGGUCAGCAAGAG